AUGAGGAAGAAUUGUAAUUCGAGUAUGAUAGAGGGAUUUUCCAGUGAUAAUGAAGGCCAACCGGUAAGAAAAAAGUUUAAAAAUAAUUUAUCCACCAUCAAUAUUGAAUAUAACUUAGAUCCUUCAUCAGAGGAGGAGGAUGCACAUUUUGACAGCAGUGAACCUGAUAAUUUAAAAGAUCAUGAGGAUAAUAUUAUGAGUGCAGAAAAAUUCAAUUCUGAAAAUUCGAUUCACCAAGAGAGAAAAGAAUCUAAUGACGAAACUGUCAACUUAAGUUUCCUUAAAGAUAAUAAGAUGAAGAUAUUUAAUACCAAACAUGGGACAACUGCUGAUCAUUUUGAUAAACAAGGAAGUUAUGUAUCACAAUAUGACCCUAACGAUAGUGGAGAUGAAGAUGAAGAUGAUAUAUUUCAAGGAGGUUCAGUGAAUAAAUUGGAAGAAAUACAAAAAGUAGCUGAAGCACAUAAGAUACAGUUGUUGAUGCUUAAGAAAAGAGAACGACAAGUUGCAAAAAAUAGAAGGAAAUAUAUGUUAGAUGAAGCUCUUCUGAGAUUAUAUUAUUUUACUAAGAAUGAAUAUACCGUUCUUGAGACUUUAUCAUAUUUUAACUCACUACGAAAAUCUUCAACAAACGAUAUAGAAAUUUCUACAUUUAGUAAUGCAAUCGAUUUAUUAACUGAUCUAAUUGAAAUUCUAGAAAAGAAGGGUAUAGAAGAUGUUUAUGAGCUGACACGUCCUAAAAUUAAGAAGUUACUAGACGAAGAAGAAUCCUUAUCUGGAAUAUCGAAUAUUAAUAAAGAUGAUAAAGUGUGGAGUUUUAAAUGGAUUAACGAUUUACAAAAAAUUCAUGAAUUUUAUUCCAACUAUGAGAUGAAUUACUGGAAGCACAAUUAUUUUAAAGGAAAAGUGAUUGUCAAAUAUAAAGAAGAUGAUGAUAUCCCAAAAAAUUGGAUUCAUAUUUCUUGUAUUACUUUCAUGUAA